AUGACCGCGUACUCAACAGCCGUGGGGCCGUCUUCCGAGACGAGGAAACGUUGGACCUUCUUGGCGAAAUUCUUCAUAGCCGUCUCUCUCCGGAUGAGGGGCUCGUCCCGGUGUGUGGGUGUUGGGAUCAAAGCCCUGCUAGUGACGGGGGCGUCGGGGCCCCCGGUGGCUGGCCUCUUCGCGACCCUCGGGUUUCCCCGAGGCGAGCCCGCCGGGCGUCGCGUGUCGGCCGGUAAUAACGUGGACUGCGUAUCGACUCGUGAGACGCUUCCAUUCGCCGGCCGCCACGCCCCCGUGAGGGCGUCACAACCGGCAGUUCCAUUCGGCAGCCUGGCCGCCCCGGUGUGGGGCCCUGGGCUUUGCGCCCCCGCCUCGCGACGGGUUUGCCUUUCUCGUGGAGCAAGUACGCGGCGGGCUCUUGUAGCUCGCGAUCCGCACCGGCGUCGCAACGCCAGCACGGCUAAACGCAGGGGGGAAACAGCUAGGCAAACACUUGCGCUGACGCCGUCGCCGCGGUGCGAUACGGUAGCGGGCCGCAUGACGCUCCUAAGCGAAAACAGCGACGUCCGCUCGGUCGCCGACGAGGCGAUCGGCCGGCUCGUGGCGGGUCCGAUCGGCGGCUACCACGCCGGCGGCGAAUCGGCGUCCGAGCCGACCGCCUGGUCCGCCCUCGCCCUCGCACGGGCGGGUCAGCCCGACGCCGCCCGGCGAGCGACCGACUGGCUCGCCAACCGACAAGCCGCCGACGGCUCGGUCGGCGUCACCGAAACCGAGACCGAGCCGGGCUGGCCCACCGCGCUGGCCAUGAUCGCUUGGCAGGCGGUCGAUCCCACGGCGUACAAGGCCCGCAUCCGCGACGGCGCCAACUGGGCGCUCGCCCAAGAGCCCUGGACCACGCCGCGCCACCGCGUGACGGGACACGACACGACACUCGAGGGCUGGUCGUGGGCGCCCGAGACCCACUCGUGGCUCGAACCGACCGCCUUCUUCGCCGUCGCGCUGCGGCGUGCCGGUUACAUCGAUCAUCCGCGUCGCAGGCAAGCCGUCGCGCUGAUGGUCGAUCGACUCCUGUCCGGCGGCGGCGCGAACUACGGCAACACGACCGUCCUCGGCCAAGAACUGCUUCAGCACAUCCAGCCGAGCGGCAUCGUCGCCUGGGCUCUAUCCGAGGAGACUGUCACGGACCCCCGGCUGCCUCGAACGCUCAAGUACCUAAGCGACGCGAUCACCGCGCCGACCGGAGUCGCUUCGCUCUGCUGGGCCGUUCGGGGGCUUGCCGCUUAUCGGGUGGUGACCGAAUCGGUCGCCGAGAAGCUCGCCGCGGCGUGGCCGCGUGCUGAGCGAAGCCACCCCGAACGCGGCGGAGCCGUCAUGACCGACAACGAGCAACCGUCGCCAUCGGGUGGCCUCAGCCGUCGCGCGGCGAUCGCGGUCGGCGGUCUCGCCGCCGCCGGGCUGGUGACGGCCACGGCCUGGCCGCGUCGCAAGGCGCCGGUCUUCGUCGCCAAGAACCAGCGGUACGACGGCCCCCUCGUCGAAACGAUCCGCGACGGCCUGACCGAAGUCGGCGUCAACGGCGACGUGCUCCAGGGCAAGCGCGUCCUGCUCAAACCGAACAUGGUCGAGCCGACCCGCGCUAUUCCGCACAUGACCACGCACCCCGCGGUCAUCCUCGCCGCGGCGGAGGUCUUCCGCGGCUGGGGCGCCGAGGUCACCGUCGGUGAGGGGCCCGGCCACGUCCGCGACACCGAGGUCGCGCUGAUCGAGUCGGGCGUCGGCGAGGCGCUCGACGACGGCGGCCUGCCGUUCGCCGAUCUCAACUACGAGCGGGUCGCCUUCCGCCGCAACCGCGGCCGGUUCAGCAAGCUCCGCGGCCUCUACCUGCCCGAGAGCGUCGUCGAGGCGGACCUCGUCGUCUCCAUGCCGAAGAUGAAGACGCACCACUGGGUCGGCAUGACCGCCUCGAUGAAGAACCUCUACGGCGUCAUCCCCGGCAUCAAGUACGGCUGGCCGAAGAACGUCCUGCACCACAACGGCAUCCCCGAGACCGUCGCCGACAUCAACUCCACCGUGCCGCGGGUGAUCGGCAUCAUCGACGGCAUCGAGUGCAUGGAGGGCGACGGCCCGAUCCUCGGCAGCCCGAAGACGAUGGGCCUCGUCGCGGUCGGGGCGAGCCUGCCGGCGCUCGACGCGACGAUCGCCCGCAUCAUGGGCCUCUUGCCUGAGCGGAUCGACUACCUGCGUCUCGCGUCGCGGCGGCUCGGGCCGAUCGCCAAUGACCUGAUCGAGCAGCGCGGCGAGCCGUGGCAGCCGCUGGUCGACCCGUUCGAGGUGCUCGACGAGCCGCACCUGCGGAAGCUCAAAGCGUUCGGCGGCGAGCGCGUCACCUGGCCCCUGGACCCCUUCGACUCCCCCGACUUGCGUCGGGGGAGUCGCCUUGGUCGUUCGAGUGGGCGACGCGUGUCGUCUUUCCUGGCAGCGUCCUUACAGCGUGACUUCAUACUCGAUUUCGGCCUCCCGGCGGCAUUAACCGUCAUCAGCUUCAGCGGUGCGGCGACCUUCUUGGCCUUCGCGACGGCUUGGGCCUGGCGCGGUGAAUGGCGUCGCUCGCCGGGGCAAGGCUUCUUGGUGUUCGCCGGAGUCUGGCUGUUUCUAACUCUCGCAGCCGAAGCGCUCUCGUGUCUUCACGGUUAUCGUACCGUGGUGCUGUUCGGAGGAUCCAAGAGUGCUGCCACCUCUUGCGGACGCGAUGUUCAGUUUCACAGAGGUGCUGAAGCAAGCUUCUUUUCCAACCGCGGCGUUCGCUCUGCUAUGGUCGGUGUUCCGCGAUCGAAGCCUUGGGGUCUCCCGAGACUGGACCCACUGGUACGGGAUCGCUGUGUGGUGCUGCUUCUCUACACCCCCCGUGCUGAGGGCUCUUCGUCGCCUGGCCGAGUCGUUCUACGAGUUCUGGUUUCUCGGUUAGCGGGACUCACCGGGAUCGACUUUCCCAUGCGUUCCCAGCCACUCAGCGUAGAAGAGCACGAGCGUCGUCGUAGGGUGGGUGCUCGCACCCACCUCUCCGCGGCGCUAGCCGAGAAGGUCGACCCCACGGACGCGGACGAUCGGCUUAGCGGUCGACCCAAACGCCGCUCAACACAAGAAGGUGGGUGCGAGCACCCACCCUACCGCUCAGCUUUCCGUCUCCAAAUCCACGACCCACGACGAGCCGUUCCCCAAGAGCGACGCCGCGCACCACGGGCAGGGCAUCUCUUCGUCGCGGGAGUAGGUCGGCUUGCCGCUGGUGUCGGUCGUCGGCCAGGCCGAGUCGCACUCGUCGCACAGCACGACGACGCGGCGGCAGACGCCGCAGCGCCGGAGGCCGAGCGGGCCGGUUCCGCAGAUGCGGCACUCGCCAACGGUGGUCAUGGGAAACGCAGUGAUCAGUCGAUCGCCUUCGACGACGAGGCGGACGUGCCGCGCCGACGGACGGCAGCGGCGGUUGCCCGAUUCGCCGCCGAUGUAGCCGACGCGGCGGCCGAGAUCGACUUCGUAGACGGUCCGCUCGUCUUCGCGUCGUGUGCGGGUGUUCUCGCCGGCGAGCGCUUGCUCGUACGCCUCGUCGACCAGACGCACAACGGCGGCCGGGUCGUCUUCGUCGAACACGCCGUGCUGGCCGGGGCGGUCGGGGGCGUCGCGUGCGUGCGACAGGAGGUGCGCAAGCCGGUGCCCGUGCUUGCUGCCGCGUGUGUAGCGGAGCCCGGCGGGCGACCGGUAGGCGCCGCGGCCAACAUCCGUGAGCACCUCCGGCAGGUCGCGGGGAUCGACGGCCGUGUCGGCGUCGUCGCCUUGGGGCCGGCUGCUUGGCUUGGACGGUUUCGCCUUCGGGGUGGGGUCGGCGGGGGCGUCGAUCGUCGGCAACGCGACGCCGAAGCGCCGAUCACCAUCGGCGCGGACAGCUUGCCGCGGGUCGCCUGCCAGAGCCGCAUGGCGAUCUGGGCGAGUUGCUGCGGGUUGCGCGCCAUGGGACGAAAGUUUGACAAGCGGGGGGGCUGGCCCCUAGCUUGGCUGGUGGAAGGGGGCGUGUCGAUCGGGGCCGCACGUCUUGGGCCCUCCCCCCUUCUCCCGGAACCGACAAGAGCCCAUUCCAUGAGCUACCGCUUGUUGGCCGCCCUGAUUGGCGCGGCUUGUCUCUGUGUCUCGACGUCUUACGCCGAAGUCGUCGGCUCGACCCGUGUCGGCCGCUUCACCGGCUUCGCCGGCGCCAGCACCAUCUUCGCGACUCACGCGCCGGGGCGACCCGACGAGUUGUUCAUCGUCGAACAGAGCGGCCGGAUCGAGAUCCUCAACCUGACGACGGGCAACUUCAACCCGACGCCGUUCCUGAACAUCCAGGGCGCCGUCGACGACGCGGGCAACGAACAAGGCCUGCUCGGCCUCGCGUUCGACCCCGACUACGAGACGAACGGCUACUUCUACGUCAACUACACCCGCGACCCGGGCCCGGGCCGCGACCGGACGCGGAUCGAGCGCUACGAGGCGGUCAACCCGACGACCGACACGGUCGUCAGCAUCGGGACGGCGCACUCGAUCCUCGAGUUCGAACAAGACUUCAGCAACCACAACGGCGGCUGGAUCGGCUUCAGCCCGGUCGACGACCUGUUGUACAUCGCCACCGGCGACGGCGGCUCCGGCGACGACCCGAACAACCGCGCGCAGCAACUCAACACGCGGCUGGGCAAGAUGCUGCGAGUCGACCCGCGCGGCGACGACUUCCCUCUCGACGCGACCGAGAACUACGUCGUCCCGGCGGACAACCCGUUCGCCAACGACGGCAACGCCAACACGCUCGACUCGAUCUGGUCUUACGGCUUGCGGAACCCGUAUCGCUCGAGCUUCGACCGCGAGACGGGCGACCUGUGGAUCGGCGACGUUGGCCAGAACGCUCGGGAAGAGAUCGAUCGGAUCGGCCCCGAGCAAGCGCCUGCCAACUUUGGUUGGCGGCUCCGCGAGGGAGACAUCGCGACGCCUUCGGGCGGCGUCGGUGGGCCGAUUCCUCCGAACUACGUCGGCCCGGUCUACGACUACAUCUCAAACGGCGCCGGCCUGUUCGGCGGCAACUCGGUCGUCGGUGGCUACGUAUACCGUGGCCCCGACCCCGAUCUCCAAGGCCGUUACUUCUUCGGCGACUCGUUCCCGUCGCAGCUCUGGUCGUUCGAGCCAGACGACCCCGACGGCACCGUGGCGAACCUCGACUCACUGCUGAACCCGUUCGGCGCGAUCGGGACGCCCGUCUCGUUCGGAGAAGACGCCGCCGGCAACCUCUACAUCGUCGACCGCGACGGCGACAUCUACCGGAUCGACACGCACGACCCGGCCGACUUCAACAACGACGGCGCCGUCGACGCGACGGACUACGGAGUCUGGUUCUCCGACUUCGGCAGCACGACGAGGCUCGCCGCUGACACCAACGGCAACGGCGUCGUCGACGCGGGCGACUACACGCUCUGGCGUGACGCGUUUGUUGCGGCGCCACCCGCCGCUCGCGUAGGAGUAGACGACCGCCGCCACGCCCACGGCGAGCAUCACCAGGCGGUGCGUGAUCGCGGCGAAGGUGCCGUCGCCGACGGCGGCGCCCGCGUCGAGCGUCCGGUAGAGGUACUCGGCGGUCGCCUCGAUCGUGCCGAGCCCGUUGGGCGAGAUCGGCAGCGCGCCGGCGAUCAUCGCCAGCGGCACGAUCUGCAGAUGCGCCGCGAAGCUCGGCGCUUCGAUCGGGAGCGCCUGCGCCGCGGCGUAGAACGACGUGAUGAACGCGGCGUUCGCGACGAGCCCGAGCGAGAGCGCGCCGGCGAGCCGCCGACGAUCGGAAGCCCUUCGGUCAUCGACGCGACGCGUUCGCGAACCGCCGCGGGGGUCACCAGCGGUGACAACAACGCCACGAAGCAGACGACCGUCGCCGUCAGCGUGCCGCGGCUGAGCACCCGCAGCGCGGUCUCGGCUUCGGCCGAAGCCGUUCCGGUGGCGAGCACGGCGGCGCUGGCGAACAGCAGGAAGCCGAGCAAGCCGAGCAGCCGGUCGACGACGACCGUCGUCACGGCCGCGCCGCGUGAGCCGGGACGCGGCUUGGCGAGCAGGGCCGCUUUGGCGACGUCGCCGCCGAUGCUGCCGAGCGCCACAAAGUUCAAGGCGAACCCGAUCGCUCCGAGCCGCAUCGCCUCGCCGAGGGUCAUCGUGAUGCCGGCCGCCUUGGCGACCAACCGCCAGCGGGCGAACGCGCAGCCGAGCGCCGCCACGAUCGCCAGCCAAGCGACCACCAACGGCCCAAGCCGCGGCGGGGUCGAGGCCACAAGCGAUUUUCAGCCCGGCGAGGAGGUGCUGUCGUCGCAUCAGGACGGAGUCGGAGGGGGCGGCGGGGCGUGUCUCCCCCGCCGUGCCGUCGCGGGGAGCCGUUGA